UAAAUUUGUGUUUUUGGGAGAGGAAAGAAGAAGAUGGUGAGAAAUAGAAUUGAGAAACCAAUAAUCUAAUUUUGUUGCAAAUUCCAACGUCCUGGUUGACUCGUCAAGAGACAACACUGGACUCGUUCUCACUCAGUACGAUCGUCAUCUCCGCCUUCUUCUUCCUCAAUUCUUCUUCAAUUCUUUCUUAAUUCUAAUGGGUUUUCUUCUGAAUCCAUAACAGAACCAUAAUCUUCUUACAAUCACAUCCAUAUCCAAUCAAUCCAUCCAAUCCAAUCUAAAACCCUAGAAAUGCCCACCACCACCACCACCACCGUUGCCGCCGCGGCGAUCCUCUUUCUGUUCAUCAUCGCCACCGCCACCUCCGCUCCGAUCCUGGGCCUCGAUUCAUUUCUCGCUCAGCAAUCUCGCUUCGACCCACAUGCCUCCAACGACACAUUUCUGUCCCUCUCAUCGUCCCUCAAGAAAUCUCUCUCUCUAUCUUCUUCUCCUCCUCCUCUCAUCCCUUCUUUCAUCUCUUCUCUCCUUUCUCUCUCCCUUUCUUUCUCUCUCCAUGUCCGUCUUGUUGGUGAUUUUCCCUCCGAUUCAUCCAUCCAUCUCUCCUCUUUCCUCUCUGCUUCUCUCCCUUCCGACCAUUUCCAUGUUAUUGCUCCUUUUGAUUCGUAUCAACACCGUCUUGCCAUUAAACAUUCGCUUCAUCUCGAUGUGUCUCAUGCCCCCUCUUUGGCUUCUCAUCUCUCCGAGAUCUUGAAAUCUGAAAUCUCUAAUACUGCUUCUAGCCUCCGAUCUUCGCUUCUUGCUGUUCCGUAUGAGUCUGUGGAUCGUGUCAUAAAGAAGGAUUUUGAGAAGGAGAAAUCCGGUGAAGGGGUUUACAUAUAUUUGCUUAAUUUGGGCCCUCAAUCCAAGCCGUAUGCUUACACUUAUGGCCAUGGGGAUUCAUCCCCUGGUUUUACCAAAUGUCUAGGAAGCAUUUGGAGUGGUGGAGAAAGGUAUUUGUGGGUUGAUUUAGGCGCAGGGCCUGUUGAUUAUGGACCGUCGCUUUCUGGAGAUGGGGUUCUUCCUAGAGGAGAGUUUCAUCCUUUGGCGACCUUGCACGGCCGUCCCAAGUCCCAAAAGGCGCUGCUGGCGGAUUUGGCGUCGUUGGUUUGGAGUGCUUAUCAGGUUCAUUUAGUUCCCUCUAUGAGAAUUCCUGUUCCUUUUGAAAGUUCAUUGGUUGUUCAAUUUAUACAUGUAUAUGGGUCUGAAAGUAGUGAUGGAGGUGAUUUGGAUUGGAAGUCUAUUGAGAGAACCUUGAGAGAUGGUGGGAUGUUGUUGGGUGAGCAAUCUUUGAGCUUCAAGCAUUAUAGUGUGAGCUAUGCUAAGUGCCCAAUUUGUGCUUUUGCUAUUUCUCGGUCAACGAAUUCAUAUACUUCGAGGUUUUUGUUUGAUAACUAUACUUUGAUUGUGAAUGAGUAUCUGGAUUCCAAAAGAUUGCAUCAGAUACUGUCUGAUUCUGCUGAGGAGUUUAGAAGAGCUGGAUUCCCUGAGGAGGAGGAGAUGGCUAGAGUGAUUCCGGUCUAUGUUUUCGAUUUGAACUUGAAUACAAUAUUGUUGCUUGAUCGUUACCAUCAAUCUGUAGCAUUUACAGACAUGGUUAUUGCUGUAAGGACUAAGAAUACUCAGACUGUGAGUGAUUAUAGCUGUAAUGGUCGUCAUGUAUUUACACAUACGAGGGACCUUGAGAGGCCACUUGUUGGUUCAAUUCUCCAAAGUAUGUGGGGAGUGUCACCUACUCACUUAGCUUGGAGCUCGAGGCACAAUGACACCAUUGUGGAUUACUCGUGGAGCAUUGGGCAAACUCCUUUUGGUCCAUUCUCAGAGGUUUCAUCCUUAUCUUUUGUUCAGAAGGAUGCAGCAAGAAGAAAUGUUAUCUUGACAGCAUUGAAUAGCAGUAUAACUAGUGCAAUUGAUGUUCUUAACUCUGUAGCUGCUCAUGGUGGUGAUAGAAGUCUGCUAAAACCGAAACAGCGCACCGAGUUCAUUCAGCGGUGGAACCUUUUCAAAUACAAACUGGACAAAGCAAUGUCUGUAAUGUCUCAUUUUGACUUUGAGAUGGCUUUGUAUUACAUAAGAUCUUCAGAUCAUGACCUUUACACGCUUCACUCCAUCGUCUACAAUGCAUCUCAAGAACUGGAAGGAUCAUUGGUUUGCUUCAAAGACCCUCCAUUUCCAUGGGGUUCUGUGUCAGUGUCUGUAUUACUUUUCUUUGCUUUCUUAUAUGUUUACACAAAAAGGGAUAGAAUUUUCAAGAACAAAAGGAAGCAAUUUUGAUGCUAAUUAAUGGGUUGGAGAGUAUGUAUUACCGACAGCACAUUAUAAAUGUAAUUUCUUUGCAGAGUUAGAUUGAAGCAUUAGGAUGUUGAAUUCCGAUCAUCGAACUGGUUACAUUUUUUAUUGGCAAUUUGCUUGACUUUUGGGUUA